AUGUCCACCCCCACCCGCCGCGACCGCAUCCUCGGCGCCCUCCUCGGCGUGCACGCAGGCGACUCCCUCGGCGCAACAGUCGAGUUCGCCUCCUGGGAAGACAUCCGCACCGACUACCCCACAGGCGUGCGCGACAUCGUCGGCGGCGGACCCUUCAACUGGCCCGCCGGCCACGCCACAGACGAUACUGAUCUCACUCGUGCUGUUCUGCUCGCUUACCGUGAUGUCGCUAAGCACUCCCAAUCCAAUUCACCAUCAACCAGCAGCACCUCCGACUCGUCUAAGCAGGGUGAAGAAGCGACUCCAGACAUAACACUGCUCGCAGCUGUACAUAUGCUAUCCUGGUACAUAGGCCACAACUGGCCCGACCGCAACCCCAACGAACGACCCGUCGACGUCGGUGGGGCCACAGCCACGGGUCUAACCCGGUUCCAACGCACCGGUGAUCCACGCUCCUCUGGUGCAGGGCAGGGCAGUGCAGGAAAUGGGAGUCUGAUGCGGUGUAUUCCUACUGCGCUGUUCCAGAGGGAUAGAGCGAAACUCAUCAGGGAAUCGGUGGAGAUAUCGGGGGUUACGCACGAUGAUUUGUGUUGUGUGGUGGCGUGUGCUGUGUAUAAUGUUAUGGUGGGGGUGUUGGUUCACGAAGAGAGGGGGACGGCCGCGGUGGAGGGGGCUUGGCGGGCGGGGAAGGGGGCUGUUGAGGAGGCGAUGGUGGAAAGUGCAGGACGCAAAGUAGACGAGGCGCUUGAUGCGGGGAGGUAUAUGGUGCGUGUGCAGGACCUGGCUGAGAAGGGGCCGAAGAAGGCGACGAAUGCGACCAAGGCGAUACCGUUUGGGGCAACGGGGUAUGUUUUGGAGUCGUUGGUUUUGGCGGUGGCCGCGCUGUUUGACCCGCGGUCGCUGGAGGAGGUGCUAGUGGAUGUGGUGCGGUUUGGCGGGGAUACGGAUACCAAUGGGGCUAUUGCUGGGGGGAUGUUGGGGGCGCGUGAUGGUGUAGAUGCGAUCCCGUUGCGGUGGAGGGAGGUAUUGCAGUUUGGGACUGAGUUUACGGAGGUUGCGGAAUAUCUUUUGUCGGUACGGGAAAAGGAGAGAGGGGAUUAG